CCUCGUCCUCCGGCUGCUUCGCCUCUCGUCGGCCUUUCCGCUUCCUGCGAUCGUCGUGUCUGGAUCCUCAUCGUUCUGCAGCAGGCGCUCUCCCACCAACAUUUACCAAGAUGAUCCCAAACGGUUAUCUGAUCUUCGAGGACGAGAGUUUCCUGGACUCCACCGUGGCCAAGAUGAACGCUCUGAGGAAGAGCGGCCAGUUCUGUGACGUGAGGCUGCAGGUGUGCGGUCACGAGCUGAUGGCCCACCGCGCCGUGCUGGCCUGCUGCAGUCCGUACCUGUUUGAGAUCUUCAGCAGCAACAUCGAGCCCCACGGCGUCUCUCACGUCACCUUCGAGGACCUGAACCCGGAGGCCGUGGAGGUCUUGCUGAACUACGCCUACACGGCCCAGCUGAAGGCGGACAAGGAACUGGUGAAGGAGGUUUACUCUGCAGCCAGAAGGUUCAAGAUGGAGAGAGUCAAACAGAUCUGCGGCGACUACCUGCUGUCGAAGACGGACUCGGAGAGCGCCAUCUCUUUGCGUAACUUUGCCAGCUCCGUGGGAGACGCCCGCGUCCUGGCCAAGGUGGACGCCUUCAUCCAGGACCACCUGCUGGAGGUGUCGGAGCAGGAGGACUUCCUCAAACUCCCCCGCCUCAAGUUGGAGGUCAUGCUGGAGGACAGCCGGACUCUGCCCAGCAACGGGAAGCUGUACUCCAAGGUGCUGAGCUGGGUGCAGCGCAGCCUGUGGGAGAACGGCGAGCAGCUGGACCGCCUGAUGGAGGAGGUGCAAACGCUGUACUACUCAGCUGACCACAAGCUGGUGGACGGCGGGCUGCAGAUUGAGGGGCACAGUGAGGUGUUUGGUGGCAAGGAGGACCACCUCCAGUUUGUGCAGAAGAAACCCGUACGGGAGAGCACCCAGCGGCAGACGAGCUGCAGCUCCUCGGGGAGCCUGUCGCCCUCCAGCCAGGCGGCUCACGCCCCCAAAGCGCCCGGCGGGAGGGAGUGGAAGUACAUCGCCUCCGAGAAGACCACAAACAACACCUACCUGUGUCUGGCCGUGCUGGACGGCGUGCUGAGCGUCAUCUUCCUGCACGGCCGCAGCAGCCCCCUGACCUCCCCCUCCGCCACGCCCUGCCUGAUGAAGAGCCUCAGCUUCGAGGCGCCGGAGGAGCGGCCGCUCUCGCCCAUGCACUACGCCCGCUCCGGCCUGGGCACCGCCGCCCUGGACGGGAGGCUCGUCGCAGCAGGAGGCUACAACCGAGAGGAGUGCCUGAGGACGGUGGAGAGCUACGACCCCAAAGAGGACCGCUGGACCUUCAUCGCCGCCAUGCGGACUCCGAGGGCCCGCUUCCAGAUGGCCGUGCUCAUGGGUCAGCUGUACGUGAUCGGAGGGUCCAACGGGCAUUCUGACGAUCUGAGCUGCGGAGAGACGUACGACCCCCACGCCGACGAGUGGACUGAGGUCCCCGAACUCAGGACCAACCGCUGCAACGCAGGCGUCUGCUCGCUGAACAACAAGCUGUACGUGGUGGGCGGGUCGGACCCCUGUGGGCAGAAGGGCUUGACCAACUGCGACGCCUUCGACCCGGUGAUCAGAACCUGGGCCAACUGCGCCCCCCUCAACAUCAGGCGCCACCAGGCGGCCGUGUGCGAACUGGACCGCUUCAUGUACGUGGUCGGGGGGGCGGAGUCGUGGAACUGCCUGAACACCGUGGAGCGCUACGACCCCGACGGCAACACCUGGACCCUGGUCGCCCCCAUGAACGUGGCUCGCCGGGGCGCCGCCGUGGCCGCGCACGAAGGUGACGCCGCGAGACGCCGUGUAGGCGGGAAGUCGAGGAGAUUAACGUUGCGUCUCCUCCUCUUCUUCUCCAGGAAAACUCUUCGUGGUCGGCGGCUUCGACGGCGCCCGCGCGCUGCGCUGCGUGGAGGCGUACGACCCCGCCCGCAACGAGUGGCGGAUGCUGGGCAGCAUGACGUCGCCGCGCAGCAACGCCGGCGUGGCCGUGCUGGGCGACGCCGUCUACGCCGUGGGCGGCUUCGACGGGAACGACUUCCUCAACACGACGGAGGUGUACGGCGCCGCGGCGGACGAGUGGAGCGACUGCGCCGCGGCGCCGCCCCCGCUCAGCGGCUGAAGGGGGCGGGGCUUCAGCUGCUUCAAACUAACAGGCUUAGUGACGUAAUCGUGUUUCGUGUUCUGUGUGGGAGGGGGCGGAGCUUGUAGGGAUGAGGGGUCUUCAGUGAAGACUGGCUUAUGGGGGGGGGGGUUGCCCAAAACAACAUGACGCCUUUGCAUAUUGCACACAGUUUGUUUCGUGCUGUAUAUAUUUUGUUUUUCUUCCUAAUUUUUUGUCACACGCCAACAUUUUAACACAUUUUAGAGGUUUUCUUCUUUCUCUCGUGGAUUGGUGACGAUUUAACUUUUUGGAAAGUUGAACAUUUUUAUUUGAGUAUUUCCGUCGUCUGAAGGUCGCUCAUCUCAUAAACAAGCUGGAUUGCUUUUUGAAUCUUUAAAUGGCCUUUUUUAUAUUUUUUAUACACUGCUGAUUCACUGAUACAAUAAUAAGUAGUCGCAGACGGCUCUGAAGCCGAUGAAUCUAACCAGUGCCACUUUAGUUUCUAGUUGUGCACACUACACACACACACACACACACACACACUUCUGCUAACCUGCUGUCGUGGUGGAGCUCCUGGACGGAGAGGUGGAGUUCACUGGAGACGAUUAUUUUUCUUUCUCGUGUUUCGAGUGUCGGUCGUUGGCAGAUUCAUCUGGAAGGAAUGUUAGAACAAGAAAAUAUCACAUUUGUAACAUUUCUUAAUGAAUAAAUCAUUUAAAUCAGA